ACGCCCAGUGAGAAUAGCCCUCCCAGGAUACCAAAUAAAAAUAACAGUUAUUCCCCUUCUCCUUAUUAUUCGUCGUCCUCAACCUGGCGCAGCCUUCACUUACUUUUCCCACUAUGAAGCUCUAAACUUCUGAAAAAUCACGAAACACAAAACCCUAAAUCCCAAAUUUGUGUGCGUGGAAGCUUCGACAAUGGUUUCGCUGGAGGAAUCUCGCUCCAAUUCGAGCCGUUUUCCCUUGCCGAGGGCUUAUCAGUAUCACUCUUCGGUUUCCUCCAAAUCGCAGCGUCACAUCGGAAGGUCCAUGCGCACAAUACGCUCCAAUUUCUUCCAAGACGACAACAGCAGCACCUGCUCCUUCACCGAGAAAUCCACGUGUCUGUCGGAGAAUCUCACCGACUCCGUCGUCGACCUCCGCCUCGGCGAGCUCGCAUCGCGUAACACUAAAUCGGGGAAAUCCUCGCCGGCGGAGGAGGACCUCCUCGACCUCUCGCAGGCCUUCAGCGACUUCUCCGCUUGCAGCAGCGACAUCUCCGGCGAGCUGCAGCGCCUCGCCACGCUUCCGUCGCCGCAGAAGAGCGACGCCGGCGGCGAGGAGGCGCCGGAGCUGGAGCCCGAGCCCUGCAUGGGGUUCCUGCAGAGGGAGAGCUUCUCCACGGAGAUUAUCGAGAGCAUUUCGCCGGAGGAUCUCCAGCCGACGGUGAAGAUUUGCAUCGACGGCCUCCAGUCGCAGUCGGUGGCGGUGAAGCGCUCGGCGGCGGCGAAGCUGAGGCUGCUGGCGAAGAACCGCGCCGACAACCGCGUCCUGAUCGCGGAGUCCGGCGCGGUGCCGGUCCUCGUUCCGCUGCUCCGGCUGAACCUCUCUCUCCACGAGGACAACAAGAUGCUGAUAACCAAUGCCGGAGCGGUGAAGUCUCUCAUUUAUGUGCUGAAAACAGGAACGGAAACUUCGAAACAGAACGCGGCGUGCGCGCUUCUGAGUCUGGCGCUGGUGGAAGAGAACAAGAGCUCGAUCGGCGCGUCGGGGGCGAUUCCGCCGCUGGUUUCGCUGCUUCUGAACGGUUCGAACAGAGGGAAGAAGGACGCGCUGACAACUCUUUAUAAGCUGUGUUCGGUGAAGCAGAACAAGGAGAGGGCGGUGAGUGCCGGCGCGGUGAAGCCGCUGGUGGAUCUGGUGGCGGAGCAGGGGAGCGGCAUGGCGGAGAAGGCCAUGGUGGUGCUGAACAGCUUGGCGGGGAUUCAGGAAGGGAAGGAGGCGAUUGUGGAAGAAGGUGGAAUUGCGGCUCUUGUGGAGGCUAUUGAAGAUGGGUCUGUGAAGGGGAAGGAGUUUGCGGUUUUGACCCUUCUUCAGCUCUGUUCUGACAGUGUCUCAAACAGAGGGUUUCUUGUUAGAGAGGGUGGGAUUCCUCCUCUCGUUGCUCUUUCUCAGACGGGAAGUGUUCGAGCUAAGCACAAGGCUGAAACGCUUCUUCGAUAUUUGAGGGAAUCAAGACAAGAGGCAUCUACUUCGAGUUCUUAGAUAAGUGAUAUAACAUUGCUACUUGGGAAAGUGGUAAUUAUACAAUGUAAUUGGUUAUUAUUGUAUAUAUAGUGUUUUUGAUGGUUUGUACAGUGUGGCCGUGAUAGUUGGAAUUGGAACCGUGUUUCUAGCGAGCUAUAGACUGACCCUUUAGAUGUUUGGAUAUAGCCAGGUUUGGGAGUUUGCUUUCCCUCGUUUCAAAUUGGUCGUGUUUCCUGGAGUUACAUGAUUGUCUUUUUUGGGUUGAUUAGGUUUCUUUUGUUUAGAUGACCCUAGUUUUGUGAAAAGGGGUUUCUGAUUGUAUUAUUGUAUGGUAAUUAAUUUUGCGCGCUCCUGUUGAAAAGUACGGAGCUUGUACUGCUAAUCCAGGAAUGUUCUGUGUCCAUAAUUUCUUUUAGGUCAACACAGCGCAUGAGUUUCGUUUUAUUUAA